AUGAAGAAGACGGUCAACUCUGUUUGGUUCUUGAGUUUAGCUUUAGCCGAUUUUAUCUUCUGCUUUUUCCUUCCCUUACUCAUGGCUUACAUUGUCCUUGGCAGACAGUGGCCUUUUGGAACCGUCAUCUGCAAGCUCUGUCUUCUUUCAGCAUAUCUCAAUAUGUCUGCCAGUGUCCUACAACUCACCAUCAUCAGCAUUGAUCGCUGCAUCUCCGUAGUCUUCCCUGUUUGGUGUCAAAACCAUCGCACCGUGAGACUGGCUGUGAAAGUUGUUCUUGCAAUUUGGAUUGUAUCUCUUCUACUCAAUGUAUCUUACUUGAUAAAUACACAUGCAGAUGAUAGUGAUGAUAACUUUGUGGCUUGUUAUAAAGAAUGGGCAAUGGAACGUGCACAAUUCAUGGGUUGGUACUAUGAUGAGGAAGAAGAAAAGGAAAAAAUAAAGAUAAGAAAGGCAAUGUUCAUCAUGAGAAGCAUAAGCAUGUUUGCCGUACCGUUCACAAUUAUUUUGAUAUCCUGUACCCUGAUCUUUUUUAAAAUGCGAAAAUUUAGAAAACCAAAGAGAUCCCGACGUUCUUUCAGGCUCAUCAUAGCUGUCGUGGUGUGCUUUUUCAUCUGCUGGUUUCCCUAUAAUAUCUGGCCUUUCAUAACCAUCAGUGGACAGUAUUGGAACCUCGAUAGACUUAUUACUGAAAUUUCGGUCUGCCUGGCUUACUUCAGCAGCUGCAUCAACCCCAUUAUCUAUGUCUUCUUCUGCCAUGAUUUUAAGAAAAAUUUCAUUAAGUCCUUACCAGCACGCUCAACAAAGCUUUCAAUGAAGAUUCUGACUUGA